AUGUCAAUUUUAUUCACCUUUAUUUGCGCCUCAGUUUUAGUUGGAGCUUAUUACGUUUCUGUGGAUAUAGACUGGCGGGCCACAGACUCUAGCAGUACUCACAUGAUUACAAACAAUAAGACAAAAGAAUUAUGCCCAGACGGCUACACUAAAUUUGUCGCCGAGAGGCCAGACUGUUUUUCUGUUUCGGGCGUUAGAUUGGGGAAUCAGUCGAUACAAGUCGACGGUAGCGACAUUGUUCUUCACUAUAUAUACGGUAUUGAGUCUUACUGGAAGUACAACACUCCCAUUAUGAUCCGGUUCAAGAAGUAUCACGGGUGGGAGGACAGAGUUUACCCGGCCUACGUGCUUACCAAGAGCGGAAAAUGGAAGGAAGAGAGAACCUAUUACUGGGAGAAGAAUAUUACCACUGGUCACCUCAGGAUCAUUCUCGACGACGUUCUUUCUGACGUGAAGGACAUCGUCGAGCAAGAAAAGGGCAAGGGCACGAACUCCGUGGAGGAAGACGACGAAAAAAGAACCAGGGAGUUUGAGUUUUUCGAGGGGGACAAGUUGCGUGGGAAAAAAUCGGAUUUUAAGUCCAUUUCAGUCCCUUUGGGCUUUCUGGUCUUACACAUUUUUUACAUUUUGGCACUUGGGUAG